GUGCAGGCUCGCGGCGAGCCUUGUCCCGACGAGGCUGGAAACCCAACCCAAUGGCGUCACUGUGGACUGUUCCGACUUCUCAGACCGUUAACACGUUAUCAAUCGGUUGAUUGUCAACGUUCCGGCACCAGUCUCCGUUCCAGACGAAAAGGUCAAGGACUCGAAGAAGGAUAUAUGACUAUCGUGAAGCUUGGGUAGGGUCCGCGCUUAUCAGGGGCACCUUUCUUCAGAAGCCAGCUGAGCCAGCAUAAAAAUUCCUCCGUCACCGGGAGCUGGAGAUACACAUACUACGACAGGAGACUAUAUCAUGUCCCCGCCAGACCUAGACAUGCAGGCCCUCCAGCGACUCAGAACCCAAUUCUCCCAAGCACUGAAGGACUUUGCUUCUUCGUCGUCAUCAUUCCGGGUCUUACAUUCGAUUCCACCCCCUCCCACGGCCCCGACACCGUCAAACCCGAUAGUCACCAAGACGCUCUACCUCCUCGACUCGAGUUUCAACCCGCCUUCAAAGGCGCAUUCAAGUCUGGUCAAGACGGCGUUGAGAUCCCAAGAUGCGAGCCCCGCACCUAGAGACCCAACUCCGAGGGUCCUGUUUUUACUGGCCACCGUGAAUGCGGAUAAGAAGCCCAAGCCGGCCGACUUUGAGGAUCGCCUUGUCAUGAUGACUUUGGCCGCCGAGGAUCUACGGUCUGGAUUUACAUCCGAGUCUACGACACCUGAGACGCCGGCCCCGAUCAUCGACAUUGGCGUUACGAAGGAGCCCUAUUUCGUCGACAAGGCCACCGCGAUCGACGCGAGCGGCCUCUACCGCCCUCCAGGGUAUGUUCCUCCAUCGACUCCCUCCGAACUAGGAGAGCGAGAAGACGGGGUGGUCGAACAGAUCCACCUCACGGGCUUCGACACCCUACUCCGGAUCUUCACCCCAAAGUACUAUCCCAACAGCCACCCGCCGCUGUCCGCCCUGGAGCCUUUCCUACGAAGACAUCGCCUGCGGGCGACGAUACGCGUCGACGCAAACAGUCCCUCACAGAACCUCAAGGACGCGCAAAAGACUCAGCCAGACUCGAGUCUCAGCGCUAGCUCCGAAGCCCCAGACCUGACGACGAUCGCCGGCCAAGAGGCGUACCUGGAGGGCAUCAAGAACGGGUCGUUGGAGAAGGACGGUCUCAAGCGGGAGUGGGCGGAGAAGGUCGAGCUGGUGGUGGAUGACUCCGGCGAGACCGAGGGCGUGAGCAGUACCAAGAUACGGAACGCAAUGAAGGAUGGGGACUGGGAUGAAGUCAAAGGGCUGGUAGGGCAUCGGGUAGGAGAGUGGAUUAGACACCGGGGUCUGUAUCUAGAGGGGGAAGAAAGGUGACUGGGAAAAGUCGUGAAAGAAAAGGCCUCGAAGUCGCCCCCUCCCCGGCUGCAGAGAGCUGCGUGGAAGUGCUUUUACCAGCCCUGUCCGUAAGAAAGAAAGACCAAUUCACCGUGCUUUAAAAA